CCUGGGCUGGUUCUUCGCUCUCCAGCUUCCUUUCUUGUGCUUGGAAAGCGUCCUCUUAUCUCUUGGACCAUUUCCCCCAGGCCUUAUUCCCCUUCUUCUGCCGCCCCCUAAGCAUUCCUCAAACCAAAGAUCACUUCCGGGCUGGAGCCACUGGUCAGUAUAAGCCUGUUAGCUCUCUGAAGUCUCCUUACCAGCAGUGUUGACGCUCGAUGGUGGGAGAAGAGAAGAUGUCACUAAGAAACCGGCUGUCAAAAUACAGUGAGAAUCCUGAGCAAGAUGAAGCCCAGAAAAAUCUCUUGGACACACAGAGAAAUGGUCACAUUACCAUGAAACAGUUGAUAGCCAAGAAGAGGCAGUUGGCAGCAGAGGCGGAGGAGCUGAAGCCACUGUUUCUGAAGGAAGUUGGCUGUCACUUUGAUGACUUUGUGACCAACCUCAUUGAGAAGUCAGCAUCUCUGGACAAUGGCGGGUGCGCGCUCACAACCUUCUCCAUUCUUGAAGAAAUGAAAAACAACCACAGAGCCAAAGAUCUGAGAGCACCUCCAGAACAAGGGAAGAUAUUCAUUUCAAGGCGGUCUCUUUUAGACGAGCUGUUUGAAGUGGACCACAUCAGAACGAUUUACCACAUGUUCAUCGCGCUCCUCAUUCUCUUCAUCCUCAGCACGCUCGUCGUGGAUUACAUCGACGAGGGGAGACUGGUACUUGAGUUCAAUCUCCUGUCCUAUGCUUUUGGCAAGCUUCCUAUCGUUAUUUGGACAUGGUGGGCCAUGUUCCUGUCUACGCUGUCAAUCCCCUAUUUCCUGUUCCAGCGAUGGGCCCAUGGUUACAGAAAGAGUUCUCACCCACUGGUCUAUUCCCUUGUCCACGGCUCGCUCUUCUUAGUCUUCCAACUUGGAAUUCUAGGUUUCGUACCGACAUAUGUUGUCUUAGCAUACACACUGCCACCGGCCUCCCGGUUCAUCCUGAUCCUGGAACAGAUUCGUUUGGUAAUGAAGGCUCACUCGUUUGUCAGAGAGAAUGUGCCACGAGUACUAAAUGCUGCCAAGGAGAAAUCAAGCACAGUUCCGGUACCCACAGUCAACCAGUACCUGUACUUCCUGUUUGCUCCUACACUUAUUUACCGUGACAACUACCCGAGGACUCCUACUGUAAGAUGGGGUUAUGUUGCUAUGCAGUUUUUACAGGUUUUUGGUUGCCUGUUUUAUGUGUACUACAUCUUUGAGAGACUCUGCGCCCCACUGUUCCGGAAUAUCAAGCAGGAGCCCUUCAGUGCUCGGGUCCUGGUGCUGUGUGUAUUUAACUCCAUCUUGCCAGGCGUGCUCAUGCUGUUCCUCUCCUUCUUUGCCUUUUUGCACUGCUGGCUCAAUGCCUUUGCUGAGAUGUUACGCUUUGGUGACAGGAUGUUUUAUAAGGACUGGUGGAACUCUACGUCCUACUCCAACUACUACCGGACCUGGAAUGUGGUGGUCCACGACUGGCUCUACUACUAUGUGUACAAGGACCUCCUCUGGUUUUUCUCGAAGAGGUUCAAAUCUGCCGCCAUGUUGGCUGUCUUCGCCCUCUCGGCUGUGGUGCAUGAGUACGCCCUCGCUGUCUGCCUGAGCUACUUCUACCCAGUGCUCUUUGUGCUCUUCAUGUUCUUUGGAAUGGCUUUUAACUUCAUCGUUAACGACAGCCGGAAAAGGCCGAUCUGGAACAUCAUGGUUUGGGCUUCUCUGUUCCUGGGCCAUGGAGUCAUUCUGUGUUUUUACUCUCAAGAGUGGUAUGCCCGUCAGCACUGUCCUCUGAAGAACCCUACAUUUCUGGAUUAUGUCCGGCCACGGUCCUGGACUUGUCGGUAUGUGUUUUAGAAGCCCUGGCUCUGCCUGCUUUCUUGCCUCUGAAGACUGGACAUUCUUCCUGCCUUCGAGCCAGCCGUCUUCAGCAGUCACGGAACACCUGUGCCAGCGUGUGGAGCUCUGCCCUUCCGGGGCGCACCUGGAGUUGGGCUGUGGGAAGUUCACUUAGCGAUUAUUAUUACUAUCAUUUUUUGUUCCCUCUGGGGGAGAAAGGAGACCAGCGAGGUGAUGGCAGAGUCUCGCAGGGUUAUCUCAGGUCCAGCCUUGGUAGUUUUAUAUGUUUAUUUCCUUGAUUCCAUCCAACCAGAGACUAAACAUAUCUUGGCCACAAGUUAGCCAAAGUACCUUAGGAAGACAUCAUUUCAGUGUCUUUGAACUUAGAAGUUUUUUUCAUGCACACUAUCAGGAGGUAUGCUAGUGUAGUUGGGAAGAAAUAAAUUUUGUUAUUUUUGGUAGAGAAAAGAAUACCUAUUUUCCAAAGAUAAUCUUGUUAUGCAUUCUGCUCAUCUGUUGCUGAUCUGUGCUUUGCUUCUGUGCGGGGACUGGAACCCAGGGCCUUGCUCAGGGCGGCGCACGGAGCCACACCCUAGCCCUGCCGUUGUAUAUUUCUCAAAGUUCUGGUCUACUGUUUUGUUUUCCAUUUUCUGUAUAAGUUGUGAUUCUUUUAAACAAUUAGUGUUCUUUCCCUACUACAAAUUCAAGGGUCAGAAGUAGAAAGGGAAAAAAGACAUUUCCUUUAGAAACUUCAAAAGUCAUUUUAAAAUAUAGACUCACUGAGCUGGCCAGGCAUUUUUAAUUAUUUUAUCAUAGAAGUUCUGUGGAAGCUUUUAUUGUUGUUGGUUUGUUUUUUUGUUUUUUAGAGGUGGGGGUCUUGCUAUGUAGCCCAGGCUGGUCUUGAACUUGCUAUGUAGCCUGGCUGGCCUUGAACCCCUGACCUCCUGCUCCUGCCUUCCAAGUGCUAGGAUCACAGAAGACAUCUCCAUGCCUGAUCAAGAUUUUUUUUUUAAACUUUUAGGUUGUAACUUCUUUGAAGUUACUUAGAAGUAUCCUUUGGUACAAUUGCUUUAUUGUCUAAUACGUAGUGACUGUCCUUGUUACAGACUAGUGAGUCCACAGUGGAAGUAUUAAUCUUUCUCUACUAAUAAUCCUAAAAUGACUACUAAGGAUCCAGAAGCUGGCUUCUGAAACGUCUGCUCAGUCAUUAUACUUUAACAGUAUAUUUUUAGAUGAAAUAAAUUACUAUGUGAUCAUUUGUAAGGACAUGUACUCAUUAUGUGACAUUUGCAAAUUGUGAGGUGCCCGUUCCUUACCUGGUGUGUCAGAAGGGCCCGCUGUGCUUGUGUGCAAGGGUGUGUGAGAACUGCGCAUCAGUAGGGUACCACAAACCAUGUAGUUCAAACCUCCUGCCCAAAGAAAUGAGCCUUCCAAGUUGCUCACACACAGAAUGCCAUGGCACAGUCACUUUGGUGGUUAUUUCCUGGCAACCAUCCAUACAGGUUUGGGAAGUCUUUUCAGAGUGGCUUUAGAACUCAAUUUGAGUCUCACAAGAAGAUCUGUAAUGCUCUUUUAUAACCACUCCCAUGAGGACCACGUGUCUCCAGGUUCCUUACCUGCUUUACCACCGCUGGAGAUGAGUUGUGGCUGUUUCUGUCAGCAGAUCUUUGUUCCCAAACAGUAGUGUUCUGUGUUGUCAUAGAACCACAGCCCCUCAAUACAGCCUGUGAAUGGAGCCUAUGAAGUCCUGACUUGUGUCUUAAAGAUUAAAACAAGCUGGUCACUUUUAUGUGUAAUGACAUUUUAAAUGUACGAGGGAACAGAUUGGCCUGGGACUUGGUUAUAAGCCAGACUUCGGAAGCACCGGAUGGAAUUUCAGAGGGCGGGGGACUUUUUUUCUGAGACAAGGUCUUUCUCCACAACCAAGCUGGUGUGGACCUCACAUCCUCCUGCCUCAGCCUCCUCAGGUGCCAGAAUUUAUAAGCAUGUGCUGCCACAGAAGGCCUUUCAUUAGGAAUUAUUUUCCUGACAAGAUUUUAGGCGAUAAUAAUGUGUGUAAGACUGCAAACUACUUAGAAUUCUAAGAGCGUUGUAGGAGAACCUCAAAAAUACAAAACCCCAAACUAGGUGGCCACUUAAAAUACAAAACCCCAAACUAGGUGGCCACUUUUGUGAAAGAGAUUGGGUUGGCAACCAUGACCACAUUGCUGGCAGCGUUAGCAGUCUUUUUUUUCAAAUCAUGUCUGAACUCUUUAAAGAGAAAAUAAAACCAAAACCUCUUGCUAA